GGAAAAAAUAGUGUGAUACUCUCUAGCUCUCUAGUACUCAUCGUAGAUGGCGUUAAAUUGGCCGCGGAGUCUCACGUCAGUUUCUGUUCUGUGUAAUUAUUUUCAAAGACUGAACAGGAUUGAACAAGUCGUUGUCGCGACACGUAUAUCAGCGUGCCUCCAACGUUCUGCGAUUUUAUUGCAUCGGUCGCCCCUGGAGAAGUGCCUGUUAAACUCGUGAAUGUAUGUGAGACUAGUGUAUCCGGAACGACGUAACCAGGUGGUCCGAUAUCUUGGUUCUGAUCUCUGUGCCGUUCGCUGCUGUGUCUCUCUCGAGGAUCGACCGCUACUUGUGACAAGGAAAGGAUCGAGGUAAACUUCCUCCUGGGAAUGUUGAAGGACUCGCUUAUCGUUCGAGCAUCCUGCCAAGAGGUGGGGUUCCGGAUAUUUGAAGCGUGCAAAUACUGACCGCCUCCAUGAAAUUUUUAAUCAGUAUGCAUCGCAGGAAAAGAAUGGCGAGAGAUUUAUGACCGCAUCUGAUUUUGUACGCAGUUAUCUCGGUCUUUAUACAAAUGCUGAUUAUGAUCCUGAUUCCGUCAAUUUACUUGCUGGUAUCGUCGACACUAGCAAAGAUGGUCUCAUAUCGUUUGCUGAAUUUCAAGCAUUCGAAGGUCUUCUCUGUGUACCAGACGCUUUAUACAAAACAGCUUUCCAACUCUUUGAUACUAAUGGAAAUGGAAUGGUUGCAUUUGAUGAGUUCGUUGAGGUGAUGCGGAAAACUGUAUUACAUCAAAAAAUGCCCUUUAAUAUGGAUAGUAGUUUUAUUAAACUUUACUUCGGAAAAGAUAAGAAGAGAUUAAUUAGUUAUGCAGAAUUCAGUCAAUUUUUGCAUGAUUUUCAUGAAGAAUAUGCAACAGAAGCUUUCAAGAAAUUCGAUAAGGAUGGCGCGGGUUUUAUUUCAGCAUUAGACUUUCAAGAUAUUAUGCUCAGUAUUAAAAGUCAUUUACUCACAAAAGAUGUGAAAGAUAAUCUAGUAGCUGCAGUUAGUACAGGCCAAAGCGGACGAAAAGUCAGUUUUCCAUAUUUUAUGGCGUUUAACUCUCUUCUAAACAACAUGGAACUUAUUAAACGUAUCUAUCUAAAUGCGACCAAUGGUCACAGAUAUCAAGAAGUCACCAAAGAGGAAUUCCUUUAUUCUGCACAAAUGAUGUCCCAAAUAACUCCAUUAGAGGUUGAUAUUCUAUUUCAUCUUUGCGACCUACUUCAUCAAACUGGACCUACGGAAGAUGACGAAGCAGAUUCGCGGCUUGGGAAGAUUGUGUAUAAUGAUCUUGUGGCUAUUACACCUGAGCAGUAUUUCAAGCAGAUUACAAAACGGGUUGCCGCAAUUAAAGCGGUGUCAAGUCCAGACGAACGCGGUAUUAUCGUGCAAAUGCUUGAGAGUGGUUAUCGAUUUGUACUUGGUUCUAUUGGUGGAGCUGUUGGUGCUACGGCUGUAUAUCCUAUCGAUUUAGUGAAGACCAGAAUGCAAAAUCAAAGGACUGGAUCUUUCAUAGGCGAACUGAUGUACAGAAACAGCUUUGACUGCUUGAAAAAGGUUAUCCGGCAUGAGGGCAUUUUUGGCCUUUAUCGAGGUUUAAUGCCUCAGUUAAUGGGUGUAGCCCCGGAAAAAGCUAUUAAACUUACAGUUAACGAUUUCGUCAGGGAUAAGUUUAUGGAUAAAAAUGGAAAUUUACCACUUUACGGAGAAAUUAUGUCUGGCGCCUGUGCCGGAGGGUCGCAGGUCAUAUUCACCAAUCCUUUGGAGAUCGUAAAGAUUCGGCUACAAGUAGCCGGAGAAAUCGCAGGAGGAUCGAAGGUUAGAGCGUGGACCGUUGUCAAGGAAUUAGGUCUAUUUGGAUUGUACAAAGGUGCCAGAGCCUGCUUUUUACGAGACGUACCAUUUAGCGCCAUUUAUUUUCCUAUGUAUGCUCACACGAAAGCGCGACUGGCCGACGAGGGGGGUUACAAUACGCCACUGUCGCUUCUCUUUUCCGGUGCGAUCGCUGGCGUUCCUGCAGCAGCGUUAGUCACUCCCGCAGAUGUGAUUAAAACAAGAUUGCAGGUCGUAGCUAGAGAAGGUCAAACUACAUAUAACGGACUGCUGGAUUGUGCCAGAAAAAUUUACAAGGAGGAGGGUGCUAGAGCUUUCUGGAAAGGCGCGACAGCUCGAGUAUUCAGAUCAUCACCGCAGUUUGGUGUUACUCUCUUCACGUAUGAGUUGCUGCAAAGGUUGUUCGUUGUCGAUUUUGGAGGGUCUCGACCUACAGGAUCGGAACAAAAGGUGCCUACUAUGGGAGUUGCAGAUGAAAUUCGAUCAACGAAUCCAGAUCAUAUAGGUGGCUACCAAGUAGCUCUGCCCAUCUUUACGGGUAUAGAAAGCAAGUUCGGUCUUUGCCUACCAAGGUUCCAGGCUGUUACCGGAAAGUAACGAUAUUAUUAGCAGUUGCUAGAAAAUUAACUUGUAGCAAUCCCUGCCAUAAAUAAUGUACGAGUUACUGGUUGCUUUAUCGACUGCGUGAAGUGAAUGAGAUGCAUUGUGAGUUUCACUACAAAUUAUGAAUCCGCAAAACAUUUCAAGAACUCAAGAAUCGUCUUGGCCAUUUCGAGUUGGGUAUCAUGAAGAUGACAUGAAAUUGCGAUAAGAAAAAACAGCCUUUGAUUGAAUACACAUUACAUGUGCAUAGAAAGUGUAAUUAUAGAUUGAUCAAGGAAAAGUACAAAAUCUGUAGCUUGCAGAAUGCCCAGAAAUGAUUCGUCAUAGCUAAGUCGAUGCGAUCAAUUGAUAUAGAAACAGAAUCAAUGGUAUUGAAAUUAUUUAUUUUGAUACUAUAUAAAUAUGUUAUAUCAAAUUAUGAAAUGCCGUCUGUGCGCAAUUAUUUUAUAAAGCGAAAGAAAGAGAGAAAGAGAGAAAAUGGACAUUUAUCGACGAUUUGUUAUUGCUAACUUAAAUGUUUCUACCGAUACGUGUAUAGUAACCAAUUGAGUGUAUGUGUUUGUUAAAUCAUAAACGAUUAAUGCCAACGGAUGAUACGAGUAUGAGGUUCUAGCAAAGGUUAUAAUAAUUUUCACGAUGGCCCCAACGUAUAUGCACCAGAUAUAAUUAUGUAAAUUCUGAAAUAACGAGAGAUAUAAUUAUGUAAAUUCUAAAAUAACGACAGUUAGGCCUUUGUAAUUACAUUUAUUAUUUAUCCAAAUGCUUAGCUUGUAUAGCUUGUAUGGUUGGUGAGUAGGAGGCCAGUAAAUUUGUUUUAAGUACGCUCGUCGUACAACUGCAAAGCAAUUAUUGACAAAUAAUAUUCAUAUGUACAUGUAUUCAUCAUUGAGUGAAAAGAGAUAUAAAGAAAGGAUUUAUCAAUUUUCUUAUUCUUAUUCUUC